UUCCCCCAUUCCAACUUGAAGAAUGAGACAGGUUGUGCAAAAAGCAAACAUGCUCAGAUCCUGUUCUCUCCCAGCCACCCACAACACACACACUGGUCACGUCACCAAGAAACUUCUUUCACUUUUGACAGUCUUGUGAUCACAGCUGCACUUCCCGGGAGAGAAUGAAACUUCAUUCAACGUUUUAGAUUUUUUAAUUCUGGCUGCUGUUUCAUACAUCAUGACUACCACCUUGCGUUAUUUGUGCUGCUGCUGUGCAUCUGGCAGUGAGGAAGAGAGCACCCCUUUUGCACGAGAAGGAAGAAGCCAAAAGGCAAUCAAGACUCUUAACAAAGGUGAAAAAUUAGUUAUGAAGCAUGUCAACGUGCCAAGCAUUGAUAACCAGUUUGCAGAGAUCGGUAAUCUCUACAAUGAUCAGGUGGAGCACCAUGAGACCAUGACACAGUGUAUCUCUAGUCUGGCACAUAUCAGUCAUUCAUCUCCAGACCUCACCGCCUGUAUACAGAGGCUGAAAGACAACUAUUAUGACUAUGAUAUUAAAGUACUGAUGGAAGGGUACAAUUUCUCUCUUCUGGUGAAAACAGAAAAGGAACCUCCAGAAAACUUGAAACAAGCACAGGAGAUCGUUAAAAAGUUAAGUCGUGCAUCCAAACUUCUCAUCAGUAACCAAACCAGACUGGGAGAGAUGAUGUUCACAGUUCUGCAGUCACAAAAUAAGACUGAUAUGGAAAGCAGCAUAAAGGAGGCCAACACUGUUUACAUGGACCAAUUACGCCUAAAAAAAAACCUGGAAGACAAUCUACAAAAGACAGACAAAGCCAGACAACUGUCUAAAGAAUAUGAAGAGGAUGCCAACAAAAUUCUUAUAGAAUUAUCUAAGAUUUCUGGAGCUGCACUUUGAAAUAAUCAACCCUUUUUCCUUGACCUGGUUUUGCUACAUAUAAAUAGCAACAAACAUAACCACUUAUAAGCUUUAUAUCGUUUCACAAGACAGAGAGAUAUUUUUGGUGCAGUAGGUAAACCUGUAUCUGUUGAGAUAUUUCUAGUGAUUUCCUGUAAUAGCAAACUAUAUUACAUUACUUUUUUGUUCUAAUGAAUUUCUGUACAAAUACAAAUGAUUGUUUUCA